AUGAAAAUCAUUUUGAUGUUAGUUUUUUCAUUAUUGGCUUUAGAGACUACCAUGGAAGCUGAAAAACGAAGGAGGCAAUUGAAGAUCAUUACUUUAAUUCUUCUAUUGGGCAAAAAUGUUAUCACAUUAGAAAAAAUUGAGUUCUCACAAAAUAAAUCUUUCCUCGAGCUGCAAUAUCUACUCGAAGAAUAUGGAAAUAGUAACUACCGGUUGAACUUCAAUGUCACCAGCUUUGUAAGACUCGAUAAUUUUUUCAUACAAUAUUCUGUGAAUGUUCCAAAUAGUAAAGGAAAAUAUGAGCCAUUCUUUGGAAAAGGUGUUAGUGAUUUAUGUAAAUUUUUAAGCAAUCGGAAAGGGAAUAUAUUAAUUCGUUCACUUUAUGAUAAAAUGAAAGGCGAUAAAAGAAUUCCAACAUCUUGUCCAAUUGAACCAGCAUUUUACUAUGUCAACAACAUGUUAUUCGAUGGAAAGAACAUGUUUUCUGAACAAGUUCGAGAUGUCAGAGUUAUGAUAGCAUUGGACUUUGGCACGAAAAUAAAAGGCAAAAUGAAUUAUUUUGUUAGUUUAAAAGUUUAUAAUGGAUACAAAGAUCGAUUAAAAUAUGAGAAAGAAAACCUCGGCAACAAAACUGAAGUAAAGUUUUCCAGUUCUUACAAUUAA